AUGUCGCUGCUGUCAUUUGCUCAGAGCCUGGAGAGGCACCUCAGGUUCCUGGGCUCUCUGGUGUUGCUGAGGGCUGGGACGUGGCUGCUCUCCCCAGGCUCAGCCAGCUCCGCAUCCCUGCGGCUGGUGGGUGGAGGGAGCCGGUGUGACGGGCGAGUGGAGAUCUUCCAGCGCGGGACGUGGGGCAGAGUCCUGGAUGACCAGUGGGACAUGCAGGAGGCCAGUGUGGUGUGCCGGCAGCUGCGGUGUGGAGAGGCAGAGACAGCCUACAACCCCCCGAAGCCUGAGAGAGGGACAGGUCCCGUGGGGCUGCGAGGGGUGCGGUGCGCAGGGCAUGAGGCCAGCCUGACCCUCUGCAACACCUCCCUGGCCGAGAGUGCGCUGGCAGCAGGGAUUGCAGAGGAUGUGGGGGUCGUUUGCUGGGGGAGCCGGCAGGUCCGGCUGGUGAACGGGUCCGGGCGCUGUGCUGGGAGAGUGGAGAUCUACUACCAGGGCAGCUGGGGGACCAUCUGUGAUGACGGCUGGGACCUGCCCGAUGCCACUGUCGUUUGCCACCAGCUGGGCUGCGGAGGGGCGGUGGAGGCAGUUGGCUCUGCUCGGUUUGGGGAAGGCUCCGGGCAGAUCUGGCUGGAGAGUGUGAACUGCUCCGGGGCUGAAGCUGCUCUCUGGGACUGCCCGGCAGGGUCCUGGGGGAAGCAUGACUGCGGGCACAAAGAGGACGCAGGAGUCGUCUGCUCAGAUUUCGUGGCCCUGAGGCUGGAGAACAGCACCAACUGCUCCGGGCGCCUGCAGGUUUUCUAUAACGGGACAUGGGGGAGCGUUUGCUCCAACUCAAUGACUCCCAAAACGGUGUCGCUGGCCUGCAAGGAGCUGGGCUGUGGGGAUGCAAAAUCCUUGGAACGAUACCCGACCUCUGGCAGGCUGACUGGCCCCGCCUGGCUGGAUCGCGUGGAGUGUGGGGAGAGAAACAGCUCCUUCUGGCAGUGUCCCUCUGCUCCCUGGGACCCACAGUCCUGCGAUGACCUGCGAGAUGAGACCCACAUCACCUGCAACGGGUUCAGCUGCAUCCAUGAACGAGGUGGCACAGGGAUGUGCGAGCAGAACUCAGCCCCGCUGUCUGCCACACGACCCCCCUGCAGCAGCCCCUUCACCGCUGCAUUUCCUUCUCCAGGGAGACAGCCAGAAACGCCCCCGGCCCUGGGGGCCACAUGCCCAAACUCCACGAGCUGCACAGACAGGGAGAAGAUUCGUGCCGUGGGAGGCGAGAAGGGGUGCUCGGGCAGAGUGGAGGUGUGGCACCGUGGCUCCUGGGGGACGGUGUGCGACGACUCGUGGGACAUGCAGGAUGCCGAGGUGGCAUGCAGGCAGCUGGGCUGUGGCCCCGCAGUGUCUGCCCUGGGCGAGGCUGCCUUUGGGGAGGGGACGGGCCCCAUCUGGCUGGAGAAGGUGGAGUGCCGGGGGACAGAGCCGUCUCUGCAGGACUGCUGGGCCCAGCCUGGGGACAGCGGUGCCUGCCGGCAUAAGGAGGACGCUGCCGUGAACUGCUCGGCUGCACCCAGGACAGCAGCACCAACCCCCCGAGCAGAUCCCACCCAGGGCCGUCCGACGGGCAGCGGGAGAGUCUCAUUGCCCGUCAUCAUCUGCAUCAUCCUGGGAGCCCUUCUCUGCCUGCUCCUGGCCCUCCUGGCUGGGCAAGUGUGGAGCGCUAGGGCUGGGCGCAGAGGCUCCGAGAGAGCUUGGGAGCCCUUCCCUGAGGCCCUGUAUGAGGAGAUCGGUUACAGCCCGGCGUGGGAGAAGCAGGCGAGGUUCAGCGGCUCAGGCUCCUAUUCAGAGGGAUCCCUGACCAAGGUGCAGCCCCAGCCCGGGGACAGUGAGGAGGAGGAUGGUCCGGGGUCAGCACCAGACGUCCCUGUCGGGCCCAGAGGUGACCCAGCAGAUGGCUAUGAUGAUGCCAGGGAGGUUUCUGACCCUGGGGAGGAUCCUGCCUCUGGGCAGGGAGACUGGGAAAUGCCCAGGGCCCCAGAGGAGGGAGCAGGGCCCAGGGAUGCACCUGGAGGGGCAAAGCUGCGCUCCCAGAGAAGUGCUGGGGCCCCUGGAGCUGAGGGAGAUGCCUGGUCCCUGUCCCCGGAGAGCACAGGCUAUGACGAUGCUGACGAGGUGUCUCUGGCACAUCCCCCUGAGGACACAAAGGCUGUGACGCCAGAGCUCAGUGCCCAACAGUCCCUGGGCCCCGGGCCAGGACAGCCCGUCCCUGCCGUGCAGCUGGGUGCAGCCAGGAGGGAGGAGAGGUCUGUGCAGCUGGGAGAGCCGUGA